GUAGCAUAGGACAGAGAAGCAAAGAGAAUUCUAAGGCAUCGGUAACAGCACGAGGAUCGAUCGAUCAUCGAAGCAAGGAGAGAAGUGAAGGUUGCAGCAUCAUGGAAGGCCGUUCUUUGGCGGAGACGUCCACCUGGGCUUUCUCUGCUGUCUUCGCUGUGUUGAUUGCUGUCUCUGUCCUCAUCGAACACGCUUCACAGAUUGCCACGCGAUAUCUUUGGAGAAGAAGGAAAAAGGCUCUGAUCAAGGCUCUUCAGAAGAUAAAGGAAGAACUCAUGCUGCUGGGCUUCAUAUCUUUGCUGCUCACGGUUGCUGAAAAACCCAUCACAAAGAUCUGCGUCACUAAAAGCGUUAGUGAGACUUUCCUUCCUUGCUUUCUCUCCCAUGAAACGAGCAAAGGAGAGUUGAAUCAUGGAGUUCAAGAAAUGUCUUCGUGCGAAAAGAAGGGUAUGGUUUCCUUAAUAUCUGAAAAAGGAAUAAAGCAGCUUCAUAUCUUCAUAUUUGUUCUGGCUGUCUUCCACGUCUUCUUCAGCCUGGUCACCAUGACCCUAGGCUUGGCCAAGAUGAGGAGAUGGAAAGCUUGGGAAAAUGAGACACACACUCUCGAAUACCAGAUUUCCUAUGACCCUCGAAGGUUCAGGCUUACAAGGCAGACCUCUUUUGGGCAGCGGCACUUGAAGUUCUGGAGCAACCAUCCUCUCCUCCUCUGGCCUGUGGCUUUUUUCCGCCAGUUUUUCGAGGGAGUAUCGAAAGCAGACUAUUUCACUCUCAGACAUGGAUUCAUUACGGCUCAUCACUUGACGGGUGGUAGCAGCUUUGACUUCCACAUGUACUUGGCGAGGGCACUUGACGAAGACUUUGAGGCGGUUGUUGGCAUCAGUAUAUGGCUGUGGAUUCUUUCACUAUCUUUCAUUUUCUUCAAGGCAGUUGUUUUUUAUCACUAUUUCUGGCUUCCAUUUAUCCCCUUAGCGCUGGUUUUGGUGGUGGGAACAAAGCUGCAAGUGAUCAUCACAAAAAUGUGUGUAAGAAGUCAUCGAAAAUCAGAAGUGGUUGGAGGGUCUCUGCUGGUCAAGCCCGAUGACAAGCUCUUCUGGUUUGGCCACCCUCAGUUUCUCCUCUACCUCAUCCACUUCAUCCUCUUCCAGAAUUCCUUUCAACUGGCAUUCUUAACGUGGAAAACAAUCGAGUUUGGCACAAAUUCAUGCAUGCAUGAGAAAGAGAUAAGUAGCGUACUGAAGAUUGUACUGGGAGUAGCAGUGCAGUUCAUCUCCGGCUAUGUGACUCUGCCACUCUAUGCGUUAGUCACACAGAUGGGCAGCCGAAUACGAGAGGCAGUGUUCCCGGAGCGCGUCGCCCGUGGCCUGAGAAACUGGCAUGAAAGAGCACGUAAGAAUGUGAAGAAGAACAAGGUCUCACCUAGCAGCAGCCUCUCACCAAGCCUCUCGCCCAGAUACCUCCUCACAGCUACAAACUCGCUAGCUAGUGAUUACAGAUCAAUGCCGAGCGCGAGCUCGACACCUGACUUUGUGAAGAUUGAUGUUCCCAAUCUGGAGAUAGCAGAGGUGGAAGGCCCCCAAGUUGUUGCCAGUGAGUGUCCUGCCAAUGAGUCGACCUACAAUGGCGAGAUCUCAUUUGGGGUACAGCCGCAGCAGGCCGAUGCUUAGUUGAGAUUCCAUGGAAUUUUCAUGUUCUCUGUAGAAACAGGACAACUUCAAUAUCUCAAAUAAUGUAAAUGAAAGUGAUAGUCACUACUCUACCACUUGGA